AUGUUAAAUACCUUCGAGCCUCUGGCUUUCCCAACACCUCUUAGGACAGCGGUUACUGGAUGCAUCCUCUUGAAGGAGAGCCAUUCCGUCAAGCAUGCUGUCGCAGAGGUUUGCUCGAUGUUAUCGUCAUCGAUUCUCUUUGGCAUCCCUGACGGACGCCGUGUACCAGAAGGAACCCCAGUGCAAAGGGUGGUGGCAGUUGGGGCAUGUAUGAUUGGUGUGCUUGGGAACACCGGUGCUUCGCGCGCACCUGAUGCAUUCAUUUCUUUGUGUAUGAGUGUCUUCAAUAUUCCACACCAUGGUCCAUGGGCGUGGUUACUUAUCAUAUGCUCGUGGCUCUGGCUUCAUGACGUAGACUCUCAUUUGACCAUGGGGCUCCAGCGAAAGACUGUGCCACGUGGCGUUACUGGAAUAUAA